AUGAAAGGAACAACGCGAUUAUUCCUAGCUGUGAUGAACACGACAAAACCAAAUACACGUUUUGGUGAUGUGUAUGGAGUGUGUAAAACACCGAAGUAUUGCUCUAAAAUGCGUUGCAAUCUUAGUGAUUAUGCAUCCUACGAUUCCGCGACAAAAUUAGUAUUGCCAUCAAAUCACAUAAUGGACAUUGGAGAGAGCCUCAGUGUUGUUUGCGAUGAUGACGGAGUUACACGAAAUAUCACAGUGACCUGUAACGCAAAGGGAUCGUUGCUGCCACAUCCCACAUAUGUGAACUGCAGCCGCAAUUACGAGGACAACGUAGAAGAAGUGCUUAAAAACCUGGAAGCGUCCCCCUCUAUACAAAGAUCUUGUGAAGAUUGUCAUGAGCUUGGUACCAGCGAUUGCUUUCCAGGACCAGAAGGAUACCGGUGCACAUGUAAAUCCAAUUGGACUGGUCCUACUUGCUGGAAAUCUCCUGAUCAAUGUAAACUUACAAACCUGCAAUGUGGGCCUAACGGGACAUGCGUAUCGGCUGUUGAUCAGGCAUAUUGCGAGUGCAAAGAAGGUUAUGGUGGAGCUGUUUGUGAGAUUGCUAAAUCAAAGUUGUCAUUUGCUGAGAAUGAGAGUUCCAUAAUAAAUUCAGUUAGAGAAGGUGCAACGGCGUUAACAUUCAGUGAAUUUAUAACGCUCAUCCUGAAGGGAGCAAUGAAACUAUAUUUUCCAAAGUCCGGAAGGGACACGCAAGUGUACUACCAAAACCUUCGCUCCUUCGUUCUUUGCAAUGCUGGACUGAUAGUGCUGCUCUUCCAUCACCCAGCUUUGUUCGACUUGUCCCGAUUUCACUGCAGCAUGUGGUCUUACAUAAUCACAACAAUGUACUCAUUAGGAAUCGGUUUUCUUGCAAUGGAAGCUUUGAAUGUAUGGAAAGUGACACAUCUACAGCAAAUAAACAUCUGGAGUAAUCCUAUGAAGCGUUAUGCUAAGAUUCCGAGAUUAUCGGGACAAACUUUGCUUAUAGGAGUCCUCUUUGGUGGAUCUGUUGUAGUAUUUGCUUUUGCUCAGUACUAUAAGAGCGCCACACAAUGGAGCUGUCUUGGUCAUUUCACGAAGGAAACCUCAAACUUAUGGCUGCCUGUUGUCCUUGUCAAUACCUGUGCCGCCCUGGCAGCCUCUUCUUUCUCAUACUUUAGCCUUUUCACGAUGAAGAACAUCCCUCAAUAUCGUCAGAAGAUGGACAGCUUCCUUUCUGAGGAAUACUACGUGGUGAAAUGGAGCGUAGAAAAGUGUUAUCGUAACGCUGUAUUCUUAUUCUUUCUACCUUGGCUGCUGCUUGCAAGUUGGAUUACUUUGGCAAUUUCUUCUGAUUGGGUAACAAAUAAUACUUUGAACAUUCUGACUGUAGUAUUCUCGUUCGCUUACAGUGCUGUUAAUAUAAUGCAAUCGUUCAUUACGAGCCCUUCGAUGUACAGCCUUCUCGUCUCUUAUGCCAUGAUGAUACUGCCCAACGCUUGGUCGCCGAUGCAAGAUCCGGUGAUGAUGUACAAACGAUCGGAAGUCUUAAAACAACGAAAAAUGCGUAAAGAAAGCAGAAAGCAUCCGGACGUGCCGCGAAUACCGCAAGAAAUGAGUGCGCACACCUGGAAACUUGGUUAUCCGGCUGUCUACAUAGAUGAGUCAGAAAGUGGACAAAACAACUUACGUUCUACAGUUGUUAGCGACCAGAUCAGAUUUCUGGUCUUGAAGUGGAUGCUGCGCACGAGAACGAGUGAUCCUCAAAAAGAAAUAACCAAAGCUACACGAUAUGAUUUUGAACUAAGAGGCUUACUCGACAAUCUAUUCAACGUGAUUGGUAACUUGAAAGUUCUGCGACCAGGAAGAAUGAACUUUCAGAGUGACGACAAUACUAAAGUAUUGGAAGAUUACAAGGCACUUUUCGUCUGCGACCCUUUCCAAGUUUGUUUACUUUCGGUAAUGAAAGCCGAUGGAUAUACUAAAUCCAUGAAAUCUUUGAGAACUCCUGUUGAUUUGCUGCAGAGUACGACGCCACUUGACAAGACGUCAUCUGUAAACAACGGGAAUACCCAUGAUCAGAAGCUUGAUACAAGACCAGUACUAAGAAACAAUACGGAUCGCUACUGGAUGCUUAGAAAAAAGGAGAAAACACUUUUGCAAUUAAAGAAUCAGAGCGAUGUGGUAUGGCAGAUGGCAAAGCAAAACCGCUCUUAUAUAAAAUGUUCGAUGGCUUUGUAG